UACCUCACCUACCUCUUGCCAAAUGGCAGGAGCCACGCUAUUAAUUUAACAAUAGCAACUAGCAAAUAGCAACUAGCAAGAGAGAAUUAUAUCGGUAAGGAAAGAAAAAGAAAGAAGCAGAAAGGAAGGAAGCAGAAACGUCGCCCUUCGUUCAAUCAGUCAUCUUGUGUUGUGCGAAACCCCAAGUCAGCAGGAAAUUCUGCUACUUUCUGCAACUCACACUCCCCAGAGUUUUAAAUUCUGAAGUUCUUCCCCUCAAUAUCAUCAGAUCAAUAACCCUUUUCCUCGCUCUUCCCUUCCUUUCCUCUUACCAUAGCAGCAAGCUCUUUCAAUUCUCGAUCUUGCCUCCGAAUUCUACAGUUACACUGGGUACGCUUUUCUUCUUCCUUUCUGCUACGCUUUAGUUUCUUCUGUUGGAAUGUGGAUGCUCAUUUUCGGUUUUACUUGGCUCAGUUUCUCUCUGUUCAGCUCCUCAACUGCAGGUGUAACUGAUCUUCCUAAAGUUUGCAGUGUUGCAAUGUGAUCAUUCGUUCCAUUAAUAUAUAUGUUUUCUGUAGGGAUCAAUCCCCAAUUGUCAUAAUCUCUGUCUUAUGUGUUCUCUCUCAGUUGUUGCUAAGAUUGUGCUUGCAAUUUCCAGAAUUGGGUUCCUUUUUACUAAUACAUUUGCUAAUUUAAUUAGAAGCCAUAGAUAUACUUUACUAGGAUGAAGUUCAGCUGCAAAGUUUGCAUCUUUUUAUAUGCUACUCUAUGUUUAUUUAUAUAUAAUCAAACUCUUUUUCAGCUCUAAAAUCUGAGAUAUAGAUAUGCAUAGCAUCGCGAAGAAAGUAGCAGAUCAGGCAUUCAAGAAAGCUACUCUCUCCAAGGCAGAAUAUGGGUCCUUGUUAAUUGCAUCAUUGAAGUCCAGACGUGGUAGCAAGGUCGCUCUCGGUAAGAAACAAAUAUCAAAGAAGAAAGUCACUCAUCCUCCAAGUAAGGUGAUCCGGAAAGGUAUUAGGUCUAGAAAGUUGGUCAGAGGUAAAAGUGUGCGCAAAGCACUUCAUAAAAGGUCCGGAAAGAAGUCAGAACCGUCUACUUCCAUAUGUUUUGAGUUGAAUGACAAGAAUGCUAACAAGGAGACUACCAAGAGAAAAUUCAAAAGGAGAAGGAUAGAUGGAAGGCGAAUGACUAAGGUAGAGCUAGAUGAACCAUCACGGUUGCAAAGGAGAACAAGGUAUUUAAUGAUUAAAAUGAAGAUGGAGCAGAACCUUAUAGAUGCUUACUGUGGAGAAGGAUGGAAAGGUCACAGUCGAGAGAAGAUCAGGCCAGAGAAGGAACUACUAAGAGCCAAAAUACAGAUUUUGAAGUGCAAACUUGGAAUACGGGAUGCAAUCCGCCAACUUGAUUUGCUUAGUGCAGUUGGAUGUAUUGAAGACUCAGUUAUGGCCCCAGAUGGAUCAGUAUCCCAUGAACAUAUCUUCUGUGCAAAGUGCAAAUCAAAUGAAGUAGUCCAAGAUAACGACAUUAUACUCUGUGACGGGACAUGCAAUUGUGCCUUCCAUCAAAUGUGCCUUGAACCUCCACUUCACACCGAAAACAUACCCCCUGGAGACCAAGGAUGGUUCUGCAAGCUUUGCGAACGUAGAAUGGAGAUCAUAGACUCAAUGAAUGCACACCUUGGAACCGAAUACUCAAUGAAUUGCGAGUGGCAGGAUCUUUUCGAGGAAGAUGCAGCAGCUCCUGAUGGUGCGAAUAUUUUAACUCUUGAAGAAGAAUGGCCUUCAGAUGACUCUGAAGAUGAAAAUUAUGAUCCAGAAAGGAGGGAAAAUAGCAUGAGUGGUGCAGGAACGGAUAAUGAUGAGUCGGAUAAUGCUAGCAGCUCCACUAGCUUGGGUUGGUCUUCAGAUGAUGAAGCUAUUUCUGGAUCCAGAAGAUGGCAUGUCGUGGGAAUGGAGUUCAGAAACCAGUCAAUAUAUAGUAGCUUAGAUUCUGAUGAAUCCAGUGAUGUUGAAAUCAUGUGUGGCCGCAGAAAGCGCAGAGCAGUUGAUUAUCGGAAAUUGUAUGACGAAAUGUUUGGGAAGGAUGCUCCUGUAGCUGACCAACUUAGUGAAGAUGAAGACUGGGGUCCUAACAAGAGGAAAAAGAAGGAAAAGGAGUCAGAUGCAGCUAGCACGCUUAUGACUCUCUAUGUAAGUAAAAGACCAAGGAAAAAGGCGGAGACUUUGGAAGGAGAGAAGGAACUUCCUCAAGAUUCUCGAGCUCGAAGGGCACUAUCUAGAAUUCCCCCCAGUGCAGUUGAGAAACUACGGCUAGUUUUUGAGGAAAAUGAACUUCCUUGCACAACAGUUAAACAGAAGCUUUCAGAAGAGUUAGGUCUUGAAAUGGGAAAGGUCAGCAAAUGGUUCAAGAAUGCACGAUACGUGGCAUUGAGAUCCAGAAAGAGUCGGACGGACAAAACACCAGAGUGCAGUGAUUCCAACCCUAAGAUUUCUGGUGAAUCAACAGGAAAUGAAAAUAGGAGUGGAGGCGCUGAAGUUUCAGAUGUCGAAACUGAACCUGGGUUACAUACAACGAGGACUUCAAAAGAUGUGCUCCCAAAGAAGAAGCUAUUAUCUAAUUGCAUGCUGAAGGAACCUGAUCCAACAGAAGUUUCCCUUGAAUCAAAGGCGGGAAAUAGUGAGAUAGAAGUCCAAAAGUGUGAUGAUCCGAGCUUGAAGACUCUGCCAGAAGAGAAAUCAAGUGUAGGGAAGAAGCAUUCCGACUCAAAUUUUCCAGAGUCUCCAUUUCAUGAACUGGCUGAGAGUGAGAUGGAAAGACUUUGUAGAGCCAAAGACACCAUAGACAACAUGAGGGAGUUUCUGGUGAGUCUGCCGGUCAGCAAACGUAGGAGGUCCAAGACCCGUGUUCUUCAAGAAAGAGUGGUUUAUGUGCCUACUGCCGAGCUAAAGGAGAAGAUUAUGACAAUUGGAUAAAGCUCAGCUUAGCCUUUGCAGAUAGCACUUUUUUCUCUAUCUACAGCUAGGCAUUGAAGGUUGAAGUUUAGAAAUUUACCAAAUUUAUUAAAGUUAUCAGUAGGAUAGCAGUUUGAGAUGCUCACUAACCAGUUGUAACCUUUUUUUACCAAGCAUCCUGCAUUUUGGGAUAUUUUUUAGGUCAGCAUAUAUGAAGGCAUUGUCAAGGCUUUUUCUAAACCUCUGUUAGUCUAUGUUGUGUGUUGUGUGUUGUGUAUAUAAUGGAGUGGAAGUUAUUGCAAUAAACAGAGAAAUUCUGCUCAAACUAGUGAUAACCAUUAUACAUUACUUUCAGGCACCCAAGACCCGAGACUUAAAGCAACAGAAAUAUCAGAAAUGCAUGUUGUUGAUGUCCAUCUCUUCCAACACUCACUACUUCCAGUUCUUAUUGCCUGUAACCUUAUCUAAAUGCAUGCAAAGUUGCUGGUUCAUCAGUUCAAGCACACCUAUGACAGCCGAAAAUAUGGCAGGAACUUCUUUAUAUCAGUUCAAAAGAGAGAGAAGCGUAUCUGCAGAGUCUGCCACUUGAGCAAAUGACUAUGCAUUAAUAGGUCAAACAAGAAAUGGCCAAACAAUUGGAGUAUGAUUAUUUCCUUAAGCUAGAUAUUGACAUUACAUGCGGAAUGCACCAAUAACUGCCCAAUAUCUGCAUACUUGAUUCAAGGCUUCAAGCUGAUACUUCAUGAGGCAUCCUCGGGCUAUCCAAAAUUCAGUCCCAACUGCAAUUUUUUCGGAGUUCAGCGCUUCAAUCAGCAUUCUCAUGAUAGUCAUCACAUGGAUGAACAUCUGCACCACAAAACUUGAACUACUUGCACCACUUCGCACAUCUGAUCCUUCCCUUGGAGACAAUUAGAACAAGUCCCCUCGUUUAGGAGGCUUGCUAUGUUUCAGAUCCUAUAUAAGGGUGUCCUUUCUGAGUUCUACACAACUCAAGGCGAGUAUACUGCUAUUUGGAAUUACUUAUUAGCUAAAACCAGACCACAACCCUCCAGUGAAUUAGUCAAGAUGAAUGAAUUCCUUUUGAAAGA